AUCCGGUGAAUUUCAAGGCGAACGGUCGCGUGGUGGCUUUCGUCCGGCGGUAGUGAAACUUGGCGCGAGUUCCCAGUGCGGUUGCUUUUCCGUGGAAAGAUAUUCUGUUUGUCGGUCGGUCGCAGUGAAGUUUCGUGUGUGCCCGAGGGGAUUCAGAUUGGUGUUUGUGCACGGAGUGAACCACCCCAGCCCGACCCGCGAGAAGUGUGAAUAGGCAACGUCCGCAAAAGAGUGAAACAAAUUAUUGUGUUUAACUAUAAUUAUAGAGAAAAAUUAACUUAAUUGUAAGUGAAGUGAAUCAGAUUAAGUAUUCGAAAGGAUAAACCAUGGCAGCAGCACCCCAACCACUUAAGAAAGUUCCUAUUCAUUUACAGAGCGCACAAAAUCGACUUUACAUAAGGCAUGGUCAAAUUGUAAACCACGAUGGAAUUUUCACUGCAGACAUUUAUGUUGAGGAUGGAGUCAUCAAGUUCGUGGGACCAAGUUCUGAAAUUACUGUGCCUGGGGGUGUCCGGACAAUUGACGCUUCCGGUAAAAUGGUGAUACCCGGUGGCAUUGAUCCACAUACUCAUAUGCAAUUGCCAUUUGGUGGUACAGUUGCCGUCGAUGACUUCUACCGCGGCACGAAAGCCGCUAUUGCCGGUGGAACAACGACAAUAAUUGAUUUCGUACUUCCCAACAAGGGCGAAUCACUUCUUGAGGCAUACGAUAAAUGGCGUUCAUGGGCCGACCCAAAGGUUUGCUGUGACUAUGGAUUACAUGUUGGCAUCACAUGGUGGUCCAAAUCCGUCCAAGAUGAAAUGAGGAUUUUAUGCGAAGAACGUGGUGUUAAUUCCUUCAAAAUGUUCAUGGCGUACAAAGGACUCUAUCAACUGGCUGACACGGAGAUGAUGGAAGCAUUUGAGAAAUGUCGAGAAUUGGGAGCAAUCGGAAUGGUUCAUGCGGAGAAUGGUGACAUCAUAGCGAAAAAUGUUAAGAAAUUGUUAGAUGCUGGCAUUACAGGACCCGAAGGACAUCAGCUUUCACGACAGGAAGAGGUGGAAGCGGAAGCAACCAAUCGGGCUUGUGUUUUAGCACAUCAGGUUGAUUGUCCACUGUAUGUUGUGCAUGUAAUGAGUAAAUCGGCUGGUAUAGAAUUAGCAAAGCAUCGUCAAAGGAAUAAAGGUGUUGGAAUCUAUGGUGAGACGUUGGCUGCUGCCCUGGGUACCGAUGGUACCCACUAUAUGGACAAAUGCUGGCAUCAUGCAGCCGCACAUGUUCUUAGCCCACCACUAAGACCUGAUCCUACAACACCUGAAUUCAUGAUGAAACUUUUGGCGAAUGAUGACCUCCAAACAACAGGCAGUGACAACUGUACUUUCAAUCGUGACCAAAAAGAACUAGGACUAAAUGACUUCACCAAAAUACCAAAUGGUGUCAAUGGCGUAGAAGAUCGGAUGUCUGUUGCGUGGGAAAAGGGCGUCCACGCAGGCCUAAUUGAUCCCUGCCGUUUCGUAGCAAUAACCAGUACAAACGCUGCAAAAAUCUUCAAUUUGUAUCCGCGCAAAGGACGUAUCGAAGCAGGAUCAGACGCUGAUAUUGUUAUCUGGGAUCCACGAGCCACUCGUAAAAUCUCCGCUGAAACACAUCAUCAUGCAUGCGAUUAUAACAUCUUCGAGGGAAUGGUCUGUCAUGGCGUUCCUGAAAUGGUUAUUGUAAAAGGAAGAGUCUGCGUUGAAGAUGGUCAACUGCGUGUGGCCGAAGGACAAGGUAGUUUCAUCGAAACACCAGUUUAUCCGCCAUUUGUUUACGAUGCCUUGAAUGGCAUUAAGCAAGUAGAAGAGAUUUCAAAUGGAGUUAAGAAGUUCGAUAUGAAUGAAACGUUAAAGAUUGAGAUACCUAAUAACGAACCAAUGGUUCGUAUGUUGAAAGGAUCACCAUUGUCCAUGCCGGGAGCACAUUCAGAAGUUAGUACACCAUCUUCCCGUGGUCCACGCGUUGACGGACAACGAAAUAUGCAAGAAUCAACCUUCUCGAUAAGCGAGGAACUUGACAAGAGCGAAAAGAAGACUUGCAUUCGCGUUCGCAACCCUCCAGGUGGCAAAUCCGAUGGAUUCUGGUAAGCUCCAAACCGUCAAGACACUUCCAACCUAGUCUUCGCAUCCAAAAACAAAAUUUAUAAAACAAACAAAACGGAAUAAUAAAUAUAAGAACGUAAAGAUACAAAUUAAUUAUGAAAUAAAAUCUAAAAUUAUAUUCUUAUUAAAUAUUCAUUUGAACUUGAAGGAAAUGAAUUAAAAAGGAUGUUUUAUUGUUAAUUUUUUUGUGCACCCAAGAAAACUAUUUAUAUAUAAUAUUAAUAGAAGAUAAUUUAUAUUUUUGUUCUUUGUUCAUUCAUCCCAAUCCCUGUUUCUGUUUAAGUGCGCCUUUGUCGUCUGCUUUGCUUUCGAUAGCAGCUUGUUGAAGCCAAGCUUAAAUCAAUUUAGAUUGUGUUUGACAGUUUUUGAAUAUCUAAAUGCACACAAAAAAUAUAUUAAGAGUUGAAACCAGACUUCAUAUAUGCAUGUCGAGUAAUAUUAAGUGUAGUAAUCAGUUCAUAGUAUAAUCGUUGCAACUACUACUGUACCAAUUUAUGUAUAACAAAAUCAAAUAUAAUAUUAUGUAAAGGAACAAUUA